AUGAAGUUUCUGGAUUGGUAUGUAAAGAUUGCACUCGGGUCGGCUCUUAUUGGAGCUUCCAUGGAGUUUUUCAUGAUCAAAACCGGCUUCUAUGACAAAGUAACUGUUUUGGAGUCAGAGAAACGGGCUUGGGAGAAUUCACCGGAGGCUCAGGCAAUCAGAGAUGCGCUGAAUCCUUGGAAAGAUCGUGAUGCAGAAGCAAGGAAAGAAUCCUAA